UCCCUGCCGGCUGCUGCAGCUGCAAUUCCGAAGCAGCCUUUGGACCGUCCAAUGUGCUUUGCGGGUCAGGCGAGAGCAGCUGCAAUUGCAGCAGGAGGAGGAACAGGAGGAGGAAGGAGGAGGAGUCCUCCGGACGGGGCUGCAGGGACUGACCAUGCUGGGUUCGCCGACUUUCCUCCGGGGGCUUGCAGCGGCGGGGCGAGGGGUUGGUCUCCAGGUUUCGUCGACAUUUGCCACAGGGCCCAGACAAGGGGAUGGCACGUUCUAUGAGUUUCGCACCUACACUGUCAAACCAGACAAGAUGAAGGACUUUUUGGAACUGACUGGCAAAAACAUUCACCUUCGGACUGCGCACUCUCCUGUGGUUGGCUACUGGACCUUGGAGGUUGGGGGACUGAAUAAAGCUUUCAGUAUUUGGAAGUAUGAGCAGCUGUCCCUUAUUGUGAUUGUCACACCUGACAGGCCCCGUGUGCUACCUGAAGUAAAUUUUUGGCAGCUGUCCGGGCAGCUGUGGGAUCAAGAAUGGCAGGAAAAAUACAUGUCCCGAAUGUUGCCCUUGUUAAAUAAACAAAAGAAUGAAAUUGCUUACCUGGUACCCUGGUGUGACCUUGGCAGUUCUCCAAACGACGGAGUCUAUGAGUUGGUUACUUUCCAGAUGAAACCCGGCGGGCCUUCAGUGUGGGGGCAGUCCUUCAAAGGGGCAGUGAAUGCUCACAUAAAGACUGGCUACUCUAAGCUGAUUGGAGUCUUCCACACAGAGUAUGGACUUCUUAACAGAGUUCAUGUGCUUUGGUGGAAUGAGAACCCAGAUAGCCGGGCAGCAGGGCGGCAUCAUGCUCACGAGGAUCCCCGGGUAGUAGCAGCCGUGCGGGAAAGCGUCCAAUUUCUGGAGUCUCAGAAAAACCUUCUUCUGCUACCCACAGGAUUUUCACCACUGAAAUAGGGGUUGUUGUUGUUUUUUUAAUAUACUUUCCUAACGUGGAGUUAGGAAGAGUAAUUUUCCAAACUUGUUUGUAUCAUAGUUGGUGCUGCUGUAACCACUGGACAUAUGUUUCCCUUUUUACUAAACUUGGUACAUGUUAUGCUUUGCUGUUGGAAACGGAAAGUGGUGUUAGAGAUUUCAGAGCUUCUUAAACUGGCGUCCACUGGCUGAACAUUAGGCUGUCUUCUGUUGCUCCAUUUUCACAAAUCUGAACCACUGUGCAUUUCUGGAAAACAGUAUGAGGAGAGGAUUCCGACCAGGUGACGAUACUCACUGUAUGGAGCCCUCAGCACCCCGCACCCCGCCCCGCUUCAAAUAUGUGGUGCUUGGGAAACCCCUCCUCACACUGUUUUCCAGAAAUGAUCCCAUCCAGUUACGUUUAGCCCAUUGAACAAAUCUAUACAUCUUGAUCUAGGACUUGCUGGUUUCCACAGUGGGGAAAAUGGAAAACUUGUAGGACCAUUUCGGGGGGAGGGGGAGAUUAAUGCUUCAGUUCCUCAGUCCUGAUCUGAAUUUAGGCCCCUGAGUUGGGUACGCCACAGUCAGGAGAGUUUAAAGUGGUUUGAAGAAGGCUUGGUUCCCCCUUGGUGUACAUGCAUUCUCAUUUCAUCCCCUUGGCUGCUCAGACAAAUUUUAUGUCCAACAAAGGCACAAAUGGCCCACAAGCAAUGAUCCUUCUUUGCAGAUCAACCUUCUGCU